AUGUCUGCCAACCUAGAUCAAUCACUAGAUGAAAUCAUCGGUUCCAACAAAAGAAUGAACAACAGAGCACGUAUCACAAGCAACCGUGGUCGCGCUGCCGGUCCGAGAAAGACAUCCAAGCAAGUUAAUACUCGUCGUCAAACUGGUAGACCAAAUCCUGUUAGACAAAGAGUUACUAGAGCCCCUGUUAACGUUCGUUCAAGAGUUCCAAGACCUGAUGCAGGUAGAGAAGUAAGAGUUAAUGUUGAAGGGUUACCAAGAGACAUUAAGCAAGAUGCUGUUAGAGAAUUUUUUUCAUCUCAAAUUGGUGGUGUCGAUAGAGUUCUUUUAAGUUACAACGAAAGAGGACAAUCUACUGGUAUGGCUACUAUAACUUUCAGAAAUAAUCAACAAGCUAGUGCAGCUGUCGCAAAAUUCAACGGUGCUCCAAUUGAUGCUGGUAGAUCUAGAUUAAAGAUGAAUUUGCUUGUCGAUCCAAAUCAACAACCUGUUAAGUCCUUAGUCGACAGGAUCAGACCAUUACCACAGAAGAGAGUCCAACAACAACAACAACAACAACCAAAACAACAACAACAAAGACAAGUAAGAAGAGCUCCAAAUAAGAAGGCUGCUGUAGCAAAGGAUAAUCGUAGACAAAGAAAAGAAAAACCAGCUAAAAAAGUUUAG